AUGGCGACUAUAGCAUUUCUGCUGCUGCUGGCGCUGAAUGUCGACGCUGAGGAGCUACGUUUCAAAGACGAAACGAAGAUCGUCGAGACGGCAGUGGCAAUGGAAGAAAUGUCCGACAACGUCGUAGAACCUCGCAAGAAUUCAGAACCUGAAGUUGAGAGCUUAUUGGCAGAUUUUGACCACGAUGGACGUGUUGGACGCCGUGAGAUCCAGCAGAUUAAGGACAAGCUGCACCACCUUUUAGAUACGGAUGAUAGCGGCGGGUUGGACGUUUCUGAACUCAAAAAGAGAGCUCAGAAUGAUCAGGAUGUGAAUGCUGCACUGAAAAAAUUAGACAGUGAUAAUGACGCUGUCAUAUCUUGGAAAGAACUGGACGAGCGUUGGGAAUGUGUAGGGACGGAAAUGACUGUCGCUGAAGUGGCAGACUGGGUGGCCUAUGCAGUCCAGCUGCCACAGUAUAGUGAGGUCUUUCGAGCCAAUUCUAUCUCGGGGUAUACGUUUCCUUUGUUGAUGGCGAACGAUGGAGCGAGGUUACAGGAAAUUGGCAUACAUAGCAAGCUGCAUCGCCAUCAAUUGGCCAUGUUUUUGCAGAUAAAGUAUCUCGGUAUGGGACGUAAGCCUGAAGCGGUAGUAUCGAGUGUUUGCACGGCCGCUGGCAUGACUGCGCAGGACAAGGUGUUGCUACAGCUGGCGUGGGUGCCGGUGAAAAACUCGCCACAACGCUAUCAGCUCCAGCGUCGAAAUCCUGGAGAAAUGACGUGGGUCCUCGUGUUUACAGGGGCCGAUACGGAAUUUAUGGACAUUGUGAAACCUAGCCAGCAUGUGGUCUACCGCCUGACGACGUGGAACUCAUAUGGUCGCAGCUCACACACAUUUGUACGGUGUGAUGAGGCUGUUGCCAAUGCUGCUACAUUAACAGCUUCGCCAAAUGCAGACUCGUCGUCCUCUUUGCCGUCGAGCUCGGGAAAUUCGCGAUCCCCAUACUUGCCGUCUUCUCAGAGUAGACGCAAACGGGCCUCGGAGAAAGGGAUAAGUCACACCGAAGAAGGAGAUCAUACUGAUUUUGACAAUGACUUUGACCAUAAACGCAGCCUGUGGGGUUUGCUAAAGAUUUACUUUUGGUGGUUGGAUGAUGCUAUCGUUAUCCUCUUAGUAGUAAUCCUACCGAUUCGUGGAAUUAUUUACGGCGAUGCUGACUCACUGCUUCGACUGUUUCGGCGAUUGCCCCCUAACAUGCCUACACGCGUAACAGUCGAGGUUGAGCCUAGUAAAACAACAGUGGAGAAUGCAGUUGCCCGCGUUUCAUGGGAAAAACCAGUGGACAACGGCGUUCCUAUCGUAUGCUACACAGUUCGUUGGACGCGCACUAAGACUGAAGAAGUAAAGUGGAUCAAACUUCUAGCAGUACCACUGCCCACCGCGGUGAUUGUGGAGAAGCUUUACCACGGGGAGACGUACAAGUUUGUCGUACAAGCGACAAACCAGUUUGGGCUAGUAAUGAGCUCUAGUCGUUCGACAUACAUGGUGCCAAUUCCGGAACUGAAGGGUAAGCUUCGGCCUCGGCGUCUUCCAGCCGAGUCCCGUGCCGUGCGCAACCAGUGUCAUGUAUGCCAUGAUCCUCGUUACAAGAAGAAAGUGCCGUUUACUGCCACACUGGACCGUCGUAUCUUGCACUACUGCUGUUUGUGCGACAAAGAGUUUUGUCACUAUCAUAAAGGACAAGUACACCAUUCGAAGGCAGUCUCAUGUCCGAUUGUCGACGGCCGUUGCGUAUGCAUCAGCUGUAAAGAAAGCCGUUUGCAGCGCACUGUCACUUACUGA